CCAGCUGAAGAGAAGAAGAUCGAUAUCGUGUGUAGAUGCGAAGCAUAUGGGGUCAGGCACCGGACGAACAAGGACCUCUGCCCGGACCAGAACAAGGCGGUCCGGAUUGGCUCAAAGGUCAUCGUCAUCCAGACAAUAUCGCUUACCAAGAUCAUAUCGCCAGCCUAGUAUUGCACGAUAUCCAGCCUCAUAUGCACAACACAUCCAUACCUCUGGCUCAACAAAACUUCGAGUCCUGCAGGAACGCUGCCGCGACGGCCUUUCUCAAUUUCGCUAAACGCUACAGUGCACAAAUUGAUCUUGUGGCCAAAGAGAAGGGGGCUCGGGACAACAAAAGAGGUAGACGAUGGGCCAGGAAGGAUUUGAAACAGAAGAAGCGUUCGAAAGCGGCGACCAGGAUGGCGGAACAUGUCGCUCAGAAUCUGCUGCGGAUGGAUUACAUGUCUUCCGAAGAUUCUUCGGAAGGUGACGACUCUGGCCUAGCACCUGGCGUUUGGCAAAGACUGGCAGAUUCCGCACGAACCGACCGGAACGGGCAGUUGUUGGUGCACGACAAGGUCUUGGAAGUCAAAACCCCUCGUUGGCGCAGUGUCGAGUUGCAAUCCCUGUACGACAGGAUUGAUAUUGUUGCUCAGCAAAUUGUUGCCGAAGCGAAGGGCCGAGGUCAUGCAGCAGCGCCCCUGCACAGGUUCAAGCUCGAACCGCUUCGACAGAAACGCCCUCCAGUCGAUGUGGAGACAUGGAUGUUGGUGGACGGGAUCAUGCCAGACGAAUCGAGCUUGCCGGUGCCCAAACGAGUCAAGAUUGGCCGGCCCAAAGGUCGAAAGAACAAGGUCAACGAUCCUGGCUGUGUUUCGGAGGACACGGUGGAACAGGCUGAGUCCGGUAGAGCCAAAAAGCGCAAGCGGAAUACCGGCUUCACUGCCGGUGUUGAUAGCCAAUCCCAUGCCGCUGGAGAGGGAUUCAUCGCGGACUUGAAGGACAAUCCUAGGAAGCGAGUCGAACAAGCUAUCUCUUCAGGGCUAUCCGAUGCAACCAGGCCCGGCAACACCCCCGAGCUGGACCAGACUCUUCAUACUAUCGCGCUCACGUCGCACGAAGAGUCUCUGAUUGACCCCGACAUCGAUCUCGUCAGUCAUACCACUCCAAAGGCUACACGAGAAGUAGACACAAACGGUUCACCUGUCAUGACAAUGGUCGGACUUCGGAUGAUAGACGACUCGGCUCACCAGCUCCACGACGAUUCGGCCGAGCAGGACGUUCACUCGGAAGACGAAACAACGUAUCCGGUCGAUUGGCCUUCGGAAACCCUGAACGAUUCCAGGGUGCUGGAGCAAGAAGUCGAGAGAGGCGAUGCCGCUGCGAAUCUGCAAGACUAUCUGUCGAGGUUAUCCAACGAUGUCGAAUGAGGCAACCUUCGUGAUACCCUUGUUGACGUUAUUUAGUGGGGAUGUCCUUGUCGAAACGGUCAUGUACAUGGCCUCGCUCGAGUAUGCCAAACAUUGCAUGUGCCUCGGUAUGACCUGACAUACUGCACCAAUACUAUUCGACGUGCUCCGCGUAGAGCAUUGGGGCUCAGCGAACGAGUUGCAGUCGGCAUUCCGUACCGAACGAAUCGCGUCGAUCAGCGUCUACGGAUCAUCACUCCGUACAUACGCCUGCAAUGUAGUGUUACGUCGGCCUCGGGAAUAGGUCUUGGAAUCCGGAGAUGAACUGCUCCGAUAAGCGCUCCUCGCGGCUCAAACCCUUGUCGCGUGCCAAAGGAGGCGCGGCUGCAAACCUUGUUGUCGAUCGAUUUCGGUUCGGUGCGA